ACGCGUUGUCAAUGCCAAAAGUGAGACAUUUCAACAGAGAACUGAGAAACAUACGUGGAUUAUUUUGUCGGUCUUGAACGCUGCAAGCAGGUUCAUACAUUCUACAGGUACGCACAGUUUGUGCAAGCAGUAGGAUUACCAAAGGUCAGCGCCACGUUCUGGUUCUUUUCGGCGGAAGUGGUUCCAAAUUUGCAGCUAACACGGUGUAGACACUAAAGCCUGCCCUAAAACCAACCGCGAUUACUUAAUCAGAAAAGUGAAAGUUCUUACGUACGAUAACGAUAAAUAUGCAACGAGUUGCGAUAACCUUGGGCUUGUUUGUGGUGGUAGCCCUCGGACAGCGGGUCGUUCCGGGGGUGAAUCCUACUCAAUAUCAGCAACAACAGCAACAGCAAGGACAAUAUCAUCCACCCUCGCCACCGCAAUACAAUAACCAGCCGCCACCACAACAUCAGCAGCAACACUACCAGCAACCACAGCAACAUCAACAACCUCAGUAUCAACAACAACAACAGCAGGUUCCUGUACAACCCCAGUAUCAACAACAGCAGCAUCCACAGCCAGGGCAUGGACAAUUUCAGGGUGGGCAACCCCAGCAAGUGCUCAAUACUCACAAUCUUCAACAGGAAAAACAACACAUUGCCGAGCACAUGGAAGUACCGAUCGACACUAGCAAAAUGAGCGAACAGGAGCUGCAAUUUCACUACUUCAAGAUGCACGAUGCGGACAACAACAACAAGCUGGACGGCUGCGAGCUGAUCAAAUCUCUGAUCCACUGGCACGAGGAAAGCAAAAACCAGCCAGAACAACCCGGCCAACCCGCCCACCAGGAUAAGAUCUUCUCGAACGACGAACUGUCCGCGUUAAUCGAUCCGAUUCUCAGCUCGGACGAUCAUAACCGCGACGGUUUCAUCGACUAUCCAGAGUUUGUGCGGGCACAAAACAAGGCGGCCAACCAGGGAGGCGAGCCCCCGCGGCAAUAGUGAUCGCCGGUGGGUUUGCGGACAUCAACAGGAACUGGAUUUGAUUUUUCUUCUAUACUACCAAUCAAUCAAUCAGAUAAAACAAUCAAACCGAGCCAUAUGCUAGCGCGUGUUUAACAUGCCUGAUCUGAUGCAACAUUCCGAGACUUGGUUUGCCAGCACAAAACAAUUUUAGUUUAACUUAUCGUAAAAUCUCUCCUGCGGGGAAUCUCUCGACAAGGAUUCCGGAAGUGUUUUUUUUUUUGUUUGUUUGCUUUACUCUAAUGCAGGGUUUUCUGCCUAUCUUGACAGAGCGAGUAUGAGCGAGUAUUUUUGUAAUUUUGAAACAACGUGAUUUUACUGACGGCACAACAACAAUGUUGAUAGUGUUUAUUGUACAUACAUAUAUACACUUAAA